UAAAGAAGUCAGAAACGUUGACAGUCGAGGGCGAGAGAAAAAGAGAGAGAGACGGAGAGGAACGAUGGCUGAAUUCAGACGGAUUCAAAUAACUUUAUUUGUGAUUCUGAUGCUCCAGUUUACAGCAGUAGCUGGACAAAACCCCCUCUCCUUCACUGUCAGAGCUGGAGAUGAAGUCACUCUGCCUUGUGAAAAUGUGAUAAGUCAGGACUGUAGUAGCACUACUUGGCUUUCUAGUCGUAAAGGGGAAACAACAACAGUAGCGCUGAUAGAGCUUGGGCAGAUUAAAGAUGGGAUUCCCAAAGCUAAAUCAGACAGACUGAGUCUUAGAGAGAAAUGUUCUCUGGUUAUAAAGAAUGUCACAGAGGAGGAUGUUGGUCGUUACACCUGCAGACAGUUCUACAGAUCAGGACAACAACAAGGUCCAGAUGCUGUGGUUCAUCUGUCUGUUGUCAACAUGACUGAACAGAAGAACACUGAUGAUACAGUCACCUUGUUCUGCUCUGUGUUGACAUAUUCUGGGUGUGACCACUCAGUGAAGUGGCUGUAUGAGGGUGAUGAGAAUGACGUGAAGAUAACACCUCAUACCUGUUCAGCCAGUGUGUCAUUUCCUCCUCAUCUUCAUCAGAAGUUACUGAAGUGUAACGUGACAGAUAAGAAGAAUGGAAACACUCUGCUGUGUAAUGUCGGCCCCCAGUCCUCUUGUAAGAAAACAGGAAACACAACAGUGGGAACAGAUAACACACCAACAACACCAGGUACUUAACAUCAUACUCUCUCUCUCUCUCUCUCUCUCUCUC